AUGGCUCGUUUGCUUCAUUAUCUUCUAGUCCUCCUUUCUUUCUCUUCUCUUGUUUUGGCAUCCCCACCACCCCAAGCCAAUUUCAAAGCAAACAAACUCGUUUUACAAGUGCACAUAGAUAGUCCCACAAAUCUUCAUGUGGCUAAUGUCCACACCCCUCUUUUGCAAGUUCCAUUUCUUGUUAACUUACAAGGGAAAUUCUUGUGGGUUAAUUGUGAUCAACAAUAUUUGACAUCAACCUAUCAUGCUCCCUAUUGCCACUCCACUCAAUGCUCUAAAGCCAAUAGCCACACUUGCCACACUUGCCCUUACACGGCUAGGCCCGGGUGCCAUAACAACACAUGUGGGCUCAUGGUAGAGAACCCGGUGACACAUCAAAGUGCCAUGGGUGAACUUGCACAAGAUGAGCUCUUAAUUCAGUCAACUCAAGGGUCUAACCCAGGACCAAUGGCUAGGGUGCCUCAAUUUCUCUUUACUUGUGCACCUUCCUUCCUAUUACAAAACGGGUUACCAAAAAAUGUUCGAGGGGUUAUUGGACUAGGCCAUGCACCAAUUUCUGUACCAACUCAACUUGCUUCACACUUUGAAUUUCAACCAAAAUUCGCCUUGUGCCUCACAUCUUCCACACGCAGUAACGGAGUCAUUUUCUUCGGAGAUGGACCAUACUAUAUGCAUCCAGGUAUUGAUAUUUCACAUCCACUAAGCUAUACCCCAUUAACCGUGAGCCAAAAAGGAGAGUACUACAUACAAGAGAGUUCAAUAAAAGUCAACAACAAACUUGUUCCACUAGACACAUCUCUUCUAUCAUUCAAACAACAUGGUUUAGGUGGAGCAAUGAUCAGUACCACAACUCCUUAUACAAUUCUCGAGCACUCGAUUUUCACAACAGUUACUCAAUUUUUCUCUAAAGAGCUCUCGGGGGUACCCCAGACAAAACCUGUUGCACCAUUUGGGGUAUGUUAUGAAUCAAACAAAAUUACAAGCUCAAGGCUUGGACCUGGAGUUCCCAACAUUGACCUUGUGUUGCACACACAAAAUGUUAUAUGGAGAAUUUUUGGUGCAAACUUAAUGGUGCAGGCACAUCUGGGUGUGACUGUGACAUGUUUAGGCUUUGUUGAUGGAGGGUCUCAUCCAAAGGCUUCAAUUGUCAUAGGGGCAUACCAAUUGGAGGACAAUCUGCUUCAGUUUGAUUUGGCAAAGUCAAGGCUGGGAUUAAGCUCCUCGCUGAAGUCUCGAAGGACGAAUUGUGCCAACUUCAACUUCACUUCCAGUCCUUGA